UCCCACCAUGGACAGCUUCGACUUAGCCCUGCUCCAGGAAUGGGACCUCGAGUCGCUGUGCGUCUAUGAACCAGAUAGAAACGUGUUACGGAGGAAGGAACGAGAACGAAGAAAUCAGGAAACUCAGCAGGAUGAUGGCACGUUUAAUUCAAGUUACUCCCUCUUCAGUGAACCCUACAAGACUAACAAGGGGGAUGAGCUCUCCAACCGGCUCCAGAACACUUUAGGCAAUUACGAUGAAAUGAAAGACUUUUUAACGGAUAGAUCGAAUCAGAGUCAUCUCGUCGGCGUUCCCAAACCUGGGGUUCCUCAGGCUCCCGUGAACAAGAUUGACGAGCAUUUUGUUGCAGAUUCGAGAGCCCAGACCCAGCCUGCAUCCAUCUGCAGCACCACAUCCUCCGCCCCAGCAGUGGUCCCUGGGCAGCAGAGUAAGAGGGGCACCGUGGGCUGGCAGAAGGCCGGGCACCCACCGUCCGAUGGCCAACAGAGAGCAACACAACAGGGCUCUCUCAGGACCUUGCUUGGAGAUGGUGUUGGCAGACAGCAGCCGCGGACCAAACAGGUGUGCAACGUCGAGGUGGGUCUUCAGACCCAGGACAGGCCACCUGCUAUGGGAGCCAAGCACAGCGGCAGUGGCCACUGUGUUCAGAACUUUCCUCCAUCCCUGGCUUCAAAACCUAGCCUCGUCCAGCAGAAACCGACUGCCUAUGUGCGACCGAUGGAUGGCCAAGAUCAGGCUCCCGAUGAAUCUCCGAAGCUGAAGUCGUCCACAGAGACCAGUGUGCACUGUGCGUCAUACAGGGGAGCUUCCGCCACCAAGCCAGAGUCCGCCAGAGCCAAGGCCAAGCUUUCCAAGUUCAGCAUCCCCAAACAAGGAGAGGAGAGUAGAUCUGGAGAAACCAACAGCUGUGUUGAAGAAAUAAUUCGGGAGAUGACCUGGCUUCCACCACUUUCAGCUAUUCCAGCACCUGGAAAAGUGGAACCGAGCAAAUUUCCAUUUCCAAAUAAGGACUCUCAGCUCACUUCCUCGGGACACAGUAAUCCAAAGAAAGGUGAUGCUGAGCCAGGGAGUCCAGACAAUGGCACAUCGAAUACAUCAAUGCUAGAAGAUGACCUUAAGCUAAGUAGUGAUGAAGAGGAGAAUGAACAGCAGGCAGCCCAGAGAACGGCUCUCCACGCUCUGUCUGACAGUGCCGGCCUCCCGCAGGCCAACUGCAGGGCCUCCGUGCCCUCCAGCAAGGGCAGCAGCAGCGGCAGCAGCAGCAGCGGCAGCAGUUCCUCCAGCGACUCGGAGAGCAGCUCGGGAUCUGACUCAGAGACUGAGAGCAGCUCCAGCGAGAGUGAGGGCAGCAAGCCUCCCCACUACUCCAGCCCUGAGGCCGAACCAGCGUCCUCUAACAAGUGGCAGCUGGAUAAAUGGCUAAACAAAGUUAAUCCCCACAAGCCUCCUAUCCUGAUCCAAAAUGAAAGCCACGGGCCGGAGAGCAAUCAGUACUACACCCCAGUGAAGGACGAAGCGCCAGACUGCGGGAAGCUCCCCGACAACGUCUGCCCGACCAGCCUGAGAGACAAGGACAUCAAGAGCGCCUGCAAGGAGGAGCAGAGGCCGAGGACCGCGAACAAGGCCCCGGGGAGCAAAGGGGUGAAGCAGAAGUCCCCGCCCGCGGCCGUGGCCGUGGCCGUGACCGCUGCCGCCCCGCCGCCCACGGUGGCCGGUGCGCCCGCCGAGAGCGCGCCCGCGCCUGCCCGGAGGUCCGCGGGCAAGAAACCCACGCGGCGCACCGAGAGGACCUCGGCCAGCGACAAUGGCCACCGGGCGGAGGAGCCCGCAGCCACGGACGCGCUGGGGGUGAGCGCGGGGAUCCCCCCGGAGCCCCCCAAGCCCCGGCCCUGCGGCAACAGUAGGACCAGCCACCGCAAGGAGCUGCGCUCGGCCGUAACCGGCGAGAAGCGCCGCACGCGGGGGCUGAGCCGGAUCGUCCCCAAAUCCAAGGAGUUCAUCGAGACGGAGUCGUCCUCGUCGUCCUCCUCCGCGGACUCGGAACUGGAGUCGGAGCAGGAGGACUACCCUCUGUCCAAGGCCACUGCCGCCUCCGGGAACGACCCGAGGCUGAAGGAGGCUGCCAGCAGCAUCGGCGGUGGCGGCCCGCGGGCCCCUGUGGGCUCUAUCAACGCCAGGACCACCAGCGACAUCGCCAAGGAGCUGGAAGAGCAGUUCUAUACCCUGGUCCCCUUCGGCCGCAAUGAACUUCUCUCCCCGUUGAAGGACAGUGACGAGGUCAGGUCACUCUGGGUCAAAAUUGACCUGACCCUCCUGUCCAGGAUCCCAGAACACCUGCCCCAGGAGCCGGGGGUCUUGAGCGCUCCCGCGGCCAAGGACACUGAAAGCGCCCCCCCGAGCCACGCAUCCGAUGCGCCCGCAGAAAAGGCUUUGCCAAAGUCCAAGAGGAAACGCAAGUGUGACAGCGAAGAUGACUACCGGGAGAUCAGGAAGGCUCAGGGAGAGAAGGAGAGCUCUUCACGGCUCACUGCCUCCGCCAGCAGUACUUUGUCCGCAAACCAUUGCAACGUAAACAUCAACAGCUUGGCAAUCCCAAUAAAUAAAAAUGAAAAAAUGCUCCGGUCACCCACCUCACCCCUCUCCGACGCUUCUAAACACAAAUACCCCGGCGAGGACCUGACUUCCCCCAGCAGAUCCAACAGCAAUGGUUUGUUCACUUCUGCCUCGUCCAACAAAAAGCAUAAGGCUGAGAACCAGCUGCAGACCCAUGGUGGAGACCUCACGAAAGCGGCUCACAACAAUUCCGAAAACGUUCUCCACAAGUCACGGCCACAGACAGAGCCAUGGUCUCCAGGCUCCAACGGCCACAGGGACUGCAAGAGGCAGAAACUCAUCUUCGAUGACAUGCCACGCAGUGCAGAUUAUUUUAUGCAAGAAGCUAAGCGAAUGAAGCAUAAAGCAGAUGCAAUGGUGGAAAAGUUUGGAAAGGCUCUGAACUAUGCUGAAGCAGCCUUGUCAUUCAUUGAGUGUGGAAAUGCAAUGGAGCAGGGCCCAAUGGAAUCCAAAUCUCCUUAUACAAUGUAUUCAGAAACAGUUGAGCUCAUCAGAUAUGCUAUGAGACUAAAAACCCACUCAGGCCCCAAUGCCACACCAGAGGAUAAACAGCUGGCUGCAUUAUGUUACCGAUGCCUGGCUCUCCUGUACUGGCGGAUGUUUCGACUCAAAAGGGAUCACGCUGUAAAGUAUUCAAAAGCACUUAUCGACUAUUUCAAGAACUCAUCUAAAGCCGCCCAAGCCCCAUCUCCAUGGGGGGCCAGUGGAAAGAGCACUGGCACCCCAUCCCCCAUGUCUCCCAACCCCUCCCCCACCAGCUCCGUGGGAUCUCAGGGGAGCCUCUCCAAUGGGAACGCCCUGUCCCCAUCAACCAUCGUCAGCAUCCCACAGCGCAUCCACCAGAUGGCAGCCAACCAUGUCAGCAUCACCAACAGCAUUCUCCACAGCUAUGACUACUGGGAGAUGGCGGACAACCUGGCCAAGGAGAACAGAGAAUUCUUCAAUGACCUGGACCUGCUCAUGGGGCCAGUCACCCUGCACAGCAGCAUGGAGCACCUGGUCCAGUACUCCCAGCAGGGCCUGCACUGGCUGCGGAACAGCACCCACCUGACAUAG